GGACGCUCUUCGAGCAAUAACAUCGAACAUGUGUGGAUUUCCCACGGAAUUAUGGACCGAUAUCCUCCGGAUGUCAUGCGAUCCUUCUGUCCCAGUUAUUCUCAACAUCGCGCACGGUACCAUCUCCUCAGCCGACCCUCUGCUAGCCAUCCCUCUGGUGUGCCAUAGAUGGAGAGAUAUCGCGUCGUCUCUCCACCUCCAGCCAUUCAAACUGCAUAUCACAGACUCGAUUGAUCUAUGUCAGGAGCUAGCCGGGUUCCCUUCUGUGGAUAGCACAGCGCGAACUAUGGAGCGUUGGCUCGCCAAAUUCCAAGGCAAACCUCUCGUUGUGGCAUGCCGUUUCGCGGUUGACAACGGAUCCAUGUAUCGGCCACAGCUGUGUGUGGUGCAAUCACUCUUCUCACAUCGGAACCAGUGGGACGAUAUGGAUCUCGAUAUCCGUCCAUUUAUCAAAGACGAGAUUGGUGAUUUCCUGGAGGACGGUCUACCGCAACUGAGAAGACUGUCCCUGCGCUACCCGCCGGUCCACGAUUACCGAUCCGCUGAGCUCCCCGCGCUCGACAAGUGUCCUCUGCUGCAGGACGUAACGCUCAUCAACAUGCACCCUGACAUUUGGGCCUUUCGAAUUCCUUUCGAAAACCUGACGUCUUUGAGCCUGUUCGAAGAACUGUCAACGGAGGCGAUUGACCUUUUGGGUCUCUGGGCGGGUCUUUCCGUAGCACAUAAUCUUCAGUCCCUCACUAUAGGCGUACACCGCCGAUAUAUCUGGGGCGAGCCAGUGGGUGUGCAUUUUCCGAAUGUUGACCUCCCGCAUCUUCGUAAUCUACAAAUUACUUCGGUGUCAACCAACUUUUUCCACUUCACCUUUGGCCAUCUGGUCGCUCCGAAGCUAUCCGCCCUCACCAUCAUCUCACGUAUCGACAGCACACCAACAAACCGGACGCAAGGCUUAGGUAUCAUGGCCUGGGGUAGCGACAUCACCAGGCUGUUCCGUCAAUUUCUCUCCCGGUCUCCAUCGCUCCGAGAGUUCCACUUCAACUUCGACACUAGAUCGCCGGACCUCUACUCGAUCCUCUCUCUACUCCCGGACCUCACGUCCCUCUCUUGGCCAUUGCCUCCUACAGCGAGCUGCUCCAGCCUCCAUCUACGAUUCGAUGAUGCUGGAGGCAAACGGAGACUCGUCUCUGGUUCAUGUCCUAAAUUGGAGUCGAUCACCUUUUACCCUCAGCCUGAUGGCCAUGUAGCAAUGCCUGCUCACGUGUUAGAUGAUUGGUUCAGUAUGAUAGAGUCGAGAUGGAGAGUACCUGAAGACGGGGUAAAUGUCGCGCGUCUUCGGGUGUUGAAGGCGCACUUUCUGGCGCAUGAUCCGUCACAGGCAGUGCAUGAACGCUUGUGGAGAUUGCAGGAUGAAGGGUUGAGGUUCAUCAAUUCAUUAUUUGAUUAG